AUGCAGCUGGCAGCGGGUUACGUGCGGGUGAAAGUGGAGGACGAGAUCUUUACUGUGGAGAAGCGAAUGCUGAUUGAGGGCAGUGAAUAUUUCAGGGCUCUCUUUGAGUCCGGCAUGCGGGAGUGUUCGCAGGAGGAGAUCGGGCUGCAGCAGUUGCCGGCCUCUGGAUUCACGGUAACGAUGAGGGUUCUAAUGGGGGAACGCCCCAUUCUGGACAGCGACGAGAUCACCGAUGCCAUUGAGUGUGCAGCCUUUCUCCAGGUGAAGCCUCUGACUGAACAUCUUAUCCACAUCAUCAGCUCCAAGAACUGCAUUGUGAUGUUUCAGACAGCGGCGGUGUAUGGGCUCUUCGACCUUCUCCAUGUAUCUGCUCUGUUUAUUCGAGACGUGUAUUCCAAUGUAAGGGAGGAUUUGAGCUUUUUGCCUGAAGAUCAGUUGGACUAUAUUGAAUCCCUGUCUCCCAGCACAUUCGUGGCCGUGGCCACUCACUCACCCUCCGCUCAGUAUCUUGAUGACCGUUCCAGAACGAUUUGCUACUUGGAUGAAGCAGAGAAUAGUUGGAGAACCUUGACUUCGUUACCCGUCAAAGCUAGUACAUCUCUCGCAGGCAUUGCUGUGGUGGACAAUAAUAUCUACAUAGUUGGAGGAGUUGAUGGUCUGAGCAAGCAGAUCGUAAAGCUUAAUUUUUGCUACAAUACUGAAAGGAAUAGCUGGAGUGAAUUUCCCAGUCUGCAGCACCUUCGUCACAACCUAACACUGACAGGACAAGGUGGCUGCCUCUAUGCUAUUGGAGGAAUGUACAAGAAUAUGGUGCUUGCAACGGUGGAGAAGUACCACGUGGCAUCCAACACGUGGUCCUUUGCUGCACACCUUCCUAGACCUGGAGAGGGGAUAGCGUGUACACAAGCAAUGGGUCGGAUUUUCGUAUGCCUUUGGUUUCCAAUGGACACCACGGACAUCUAUGAAUACAAGACCCAGAGAGAUGAAUGGCUUCUUGUAACCACACUCAAACGCCAACAAAGUUAUGGUCACUGCAUGGUCGCCCAUAUGGACAACCUGUAUGUUAUAAGGAAUGGACCAGCAGAUGAUUUUUUGAGGUGCUUUAUUGAUUGCUUCAACCUCACCAGGCAACAAUGGAUGAGCUUGUCAGGCUAUUAUUUCAACAGUAAAGGUGCACUUUUCACAGCAACCAUCAGAGGCGAUAAGGUUUUUACAGUAAACAGAAUGCUAACCCUGAUCUAUGACAUACAAAAAGAUAAGUGGAAACCAGCAAAGGAAGGGGCUGGAUUUCCCCGAAGUGGUUCCAUGCAUACCUUCCUACUUCGGCUACCAAAACAUUCAGUUAGUUUGACUAGACAUGUGGCCAGAAUUUUCUAUGGACACGGAUCUGGACGUCACUGGCAAGAACAGUCUUUAUUGCUCAUCCCUAACUACCACUGA